UACUGGCAUACUUUUAGGAUCACAUUGUCGAUUUAUCCACUCGUGUUUUUCUCGCCUGCAUUUGCUGCAAAAACUGAAAACAAGCAACUCAAUAUCAUUAAUCCUACCAAUUAAACACGUAUCCUUUACCCCUAAACAUCCAGAGACUUAAUGCAAUAUCAUUUACAAGGCUCAGUUAUAAAUUUAAGUGAAGUAUAAUAUCGCAAGCUACUAGAGAUAAGUGAAAAAAUGGCGAAAAACAAAAGUACUGUCUACCUUGGCUUUGAGGAUGAGGAAAUUACCAGCAAACAUGGAUCCAUUUUAAAUAGCACAGUGAACAAAAUCGGAGGAACACCUGAUUGGCCCACUGGAGAGAUAAAAGUGCCUUCGUGUCCGCUCUGUGGCACAGCACGUCCACUGAUCGUACAACUUUAUGCACCCUUGGAGCAGUCCAAAUUUCAUCGCACUCUGUAUGUGUUUGCAUGUUUGAAUCCGGCUUGUUCUCAAGAUUGUAAGAGUUGGCUGUGCAUUCGUACGCAGCAUUUGGACACACCAAGUGAGGCAGAAUUAAUAAAUGCAGUGCCUCCACCUCUGACAGCCGGUGGAGGUGGUGGAAAGAAAAAGAAGAGUUAUAAACAAGCGGCAAAUGCAAUGCAGCCGCAAAAAAUUGCAUGGUGCAGCGGUGCCGAUGACUGGGGUGAAACUGUGGAAGAGAGUUGCAUAGUGGCAGACAGUGGUAUUGAGCGUAUGGAUACAGGUGCUGAUGAAUUACAACAUCAGAAUGAGGAAAACGGUAAUGUGGUUGGCAAGAAUGAUAACUCGCCCACACGUUCUGUGCAUCUACCACGUGUAACCGACUCGGGAAAUAGUGAUGCUGAUGAGGAUGAGGAUGACGAUGAGAGCAACUCAAUGGAUAACGAACUUGUUUAUGGCUUUGGUCAGCUAGAUAUGCAAUCGCCACAAAAUGCUGUUGAGGAUCCAAAUGCCAAUUGUGCGGCUGGAAAUGCGGCAGCCGCAGCUGCUGUGGAAGGCGGUGCGAUGAUGGGCUUUGGCGGCGCUACUGCUACCAUCUGCGCCGAAAUCGAGGGCGCUGAAACGGAUGUAGUGCUGGUGGAGACACCUGUAAAGCCUGAACGUGACUUGAUUGCACUUUUGAAGCACACUGCAACACCUGCGGCGCUUGGUCCACUCGCCAAAAUUUCCGAUGUCACUAUAAAAGCAUUUUUUAUCGCAGUGGAUAUGGAGCAGCGCCAUAAACGUGGUGAAUAUGAAAACUAUUGUGGCGCGCUAUCAGCGGAUCAUAUACGUGAAUUAUACCAGGAGUAUAAGCGGCAGGACGAGGCGGCACAUUCUCCGAAUGGCGCUGGCGCGAUUGGUGGUGGUGUUGCCGCUGCCGGUGAUGAUCAAGAGGCCUAUGAGAAAGCUUUACCAGCACAUGGUGAUAUAAUUUUCCAUCAAUUCGUUAGUGUUAUACAGGAAAACCCAGGACAAAUCAUAAGAUACUCACGUGAUACACUACCCCUCUUGAUGGGCCCAUUAUCUGAACCAAUACCAAAGUGCGUCAACUGCAAUGGCGAAACCAUAUGUGAGAUCCAAAUUCUGUCUACACUCAUACCAAAGUUGCGUUUGGCGCAAAACAGCGAACCGGCACCCAUAGAAUACGGCAAUGUUUUGGUGUUUACUUGCCUAAAAUGCUGUUGGGAUACACCAGACAAAAUGCGCUACGAGCGUGUUAUCGUACAAGCCGAACAAUAAGUUUGCGUCGAAGUCAAAUCGUGAAGACUCUUGAAUAGCUCAUUGUGGAUCCUAAUAACUAGCGGAAUGCUUGAUUUUAUUUGUGAAUUCCUUAGGUUUAGCUUACAAUUAAA